AUGGUUGGAAGCAUGAAGACGAGAGGCAAAACCGCCGCGAUGGCUAAAUCCGCGACGGCCCAAAGCCACUCCGCCCACGAUCCCGCGAUCGACAUGGUGGCCCCACCACCUCUCACCACCGCACCGGCCACCGCCGCCGAACAUGGUGGAACCUCCUAUCAAGGUGGGCUUGUUACCACCGCUGACUUAGGCCCGAUCUUGGAGCAACUUCAAGCGAUCCCUUCAUUGCCUCCACGCUCGACACACGCUCCCGCGCACACCUCCAAUGAAACCCUAGCCCGUGUGCAAUUGGGCUCCACACACUUCUCUCCUCCUGAUCCACGAAGUCAAGCAGACCUUAGUCUGAGAGUUGACCAGCUAGCUCAGAGAAUGGACGACCAAAGCGAUCUGAUGAGGCAACUCCUCCACCAAAUCAGCUUGGCUCAAAACCUUGGCCUUGGACAACUAGGCGAAGAGAGAAGGAUGGACGAACGCACCGGCAGGCAACUCAACGGGUACCCAGCAGGUCAAGCAGGAGUAGGCAGACAAGGCGAGGGACAACAACUUGAUCGGCCUACCGACAUGUCACAAGCAUCCGCGAGCCCCACUCGGAGCAGAUUAAGUUCGAGGAACAACGUGCGCGAGAGGCUAGGCCCACGACUUGACGUCCACGCCCGCUUGGGACCGCAGGGAAAUGUACUUCAAAGGCUACGCCCCCAGGGAGGACAAUCAGACAACCAUCGCAACGAGGAUCGUGAAGAAAGACGCUCAGCUGUCCACUCGCAGACGAACAUUCACGAGAGGCUACGUCCCCAGGGUGGUCAACCGGAUAAUCCUCACAAUGAGGACCGCGAAGAAAGACGCUCCGCUGCUCACUCACGAAGAGACGGCUCUCGUCGACCAACUACGGAGAAUCUCUCGCAAGCGCAGUCCACCAACACUCCGCCUAGGCAGCGCAGACGAGAAGGUCGACACUCGCAGACCCAGGAGGAGGUCAGUCAACGUCGCCCGAAUCGCGAUGGUCGCCAACGUGAUCGACCAACAAUGUGCAUAGAGGACGUCGAGAAGCUUAUGAAUGACCGACUUCGAGAUCUGAAGACUGGUGGGAACCUCGACGAUGCACUACGCAAGGAGAUCGACCAUGCAAGCUCCACACCUUUCACUGCCGAAAUCGAGCAGGCUGCUCCCCCAAAGCGAUUCUCCACACCCUUCGUUUACACACUUCAAAGGGGACUCCGAUCCCGAGAGUCACCUAAAACACUUCAAAAGUGUCAUGAUCCUCCACAAGGCCGACGACGCGUUGAUGUGCAAGCCCAAGAUUGGUUCCACACCCUGCCAUCUGGGUCGAUCAACAGCUUCAAGGAGUUGGCUUACGUCUUCACCAAAGAGUACACCUCUUACCGGACGAUCAAGAAGAACCCUGACCACCUGUACAACCUGCGCAAGAAGUCCGACGAAUCCCUUCGAGAUUACAUCAAGAGAUUCAAAGCAGAAAAGGCCAACAUUGUAGGAUGUGACGACCGGAUCGCAUCAUCUGCUUUCAAGAAAGGCCUCCCAGCUGAACACGACUUGUACCGCGAGCUGACUAUCACUCCCAGCCAGACUCUGGCAGAGGUCUAUGCGACCGCGGAACGCUACGCGCUCUGGGAUGACGAUCGAAUCGCCGCAAAAAAGUCUACUAAGCAUGAAGAUCAACCGACUAAGCGGGCAGGUCAAAGAAGCGAUGGAUUUAGCAACAAGAACAAGGAUAGGCGCAGGUCACACCCACAAGGAGACGCUACAGCAGGAGAGAACUACACCAAGUUCACCAUCCCCAUACAUCAAAUCUUAGCCCAAGUGAAAAACAAACCUUGGACAAGAGGGAUACAAGCAAAGUACUGUGCCUUCCAUGGGACACACGGGCACACUACCAAUAACUGCCUCGCUUGGAAAGCACACCUUGAAGAACUCGUGAAAGAGGGUCAUUGCACGGAGUUCAUCGCGAAGCAGGCCAUCCAGCGGAUUGAAGAUCGAGACACCGCCAAGGAACCGCCCCAGAAGGUCAUAAGGAUUAACACAAUCCUAGCCGACGCCAAGGAGUCAGGACUGACCAGCAAGGAAAAGAAGAGGAAGAUCAAACAGGCCACUAUGAUCUCCCAAGUCUCGACUGACCUUCUACCAACAGAAGACGAUCCUAUAAUCGGCUUCCAAAAGAAAGAUCUGAUCGGCCUCGACAUGCCACAUAACGAUGCCCUUGUCAUCAGCAUACAAAUCGCUCAGGCCAUGGUCGACCGAAUCCAUGCAGACGAGGGCAGCGCAGCCAAUAUCUUGCAACUGGCUGUCAUCCAGCAGAUGGGCUUGGAGGCAAAGAUCAACAAAUCAGCCAGAUCGCUGACCGGCUUCAAUGGCGCAACAACGGUUACCGUGGGCACAAUAGACCUUGACGUCUACUCCCCACCUGUAGUCUGCUUGCAAACGUUCAUGGUCAUUAAUGAGGUCUCACCCUACAACGGCAUUCUGGGCAGGCCAUGGAUCGGCAUGAUCAACGCCAUCACCUCUGCCACACAUCAGAAAAUUCGGUACCCAAUCCCUGGGGGCGGUGUUGGACAAAUCAACAGCGAUCAGGCAAUGGCGAGGAAAUGCUCCGCCCAAGGGCUGAAGAAAAGCAAGCAAGCGCAGUUCCUCCCAGUAAGCCAGGCAGAUCUGAAGGAGGUGGAACAAUCGAACCUUGCUAUCUUAUAG